ACCUCGUAGUCAGAAUUUAAACAGAAGUGAUCUUUAUCUGCUGUUUCUGCUGUCAGUGUUGAGUGGAACAGGUCAUAUCCUGUCUCUCUAAAACUCCUCCCAUUAAGGAAGUACAGAGUCCGAGACGACUGCAGUCCUUUUGCAGUGUUCUGCUCUGGUGAGUUUAGUUUUAUUCUCGGUUUAUGGAGAAUUCUGAGUCUCAUUUUCAGCUCUGUGAAAGGAAGUGAUUACUAACUGGACCUGCAAAGUCGUAUAUUAACUUUAAACAAACCUGAAAUCAGGGUGUGAUUACUUUUGAUCAAAGUGAAAGUGAAUCUGAACAUUCGGACUGGAGAGAACAACAACAGCAGCAAAAUAAAAUGGCUUCUAAGUUUUCAGAGGAGGAUUUCUCUUGUCCUGUGUGCUGUGAAAUCUUCACGGAUCCUGUUGUCCUGCGCUGCAGUCACAGUGUGUGUAAAGUGUGUUUGCAGAAGUUCUGGGAGACCAAAGGAUCCAGAGAAUGUCCUGUUUGUAGGAGGAAGUCGUCUAUGGAUGAACCUCCCGGAAAUCUGGUCUUAAAGAACCUGUGUGAGACUUUCUUACAGGAGAGAAGUCAGAGAUCUUCAUCAGCGUCUGAAACAGUCUGCAGUCUGCACAGUGAGAAACUCAAACUCUUCUGUCUGGAUGAUCAACAGCCGGUGUGUGUGGUGUGUCAGACUUCAAAAAUACACACCAACCAUAAAUUCUGCCCCAUUGAUGAGGCAUCAACAGACUGUAAGGAGGAGCUGAAAACUGCUCUGAAGCCCCUACAGGAGAAACUGAAGAUCUUUAAAGACUGUAAACUGAACUGGAGUCAGACUGCAGAACAUAUAAAGAUUCAGGCCCAACACACAGAGCGGCAGAUUAAGGAGGAGUUUGAGAAGCUUCACCAGGUUCUACGAGAUGAAGAGGCAGCCAGGAUAGCUGCACUGAGAGAGGAAGAGGAGCAGAAGAGUCAGAUGAUGAAGGAGAAGAUUGAGAAGCUGAGCAGAGACAUAUCAUCUCUUUCAGACACAAUCAGAGGCGUAGAAGAGGAGCUGAGAGCCGAAGACAUCUCGUUCUUACAAAACUACAAGGCCACAGUGAGAAGAGCUCAGUGCACACUGCAGCAUCCAGAGGAGCUUUCAGGACCACUGAUCCAUGUGGCAAAACAUCUGGACAACCUGAAGUUCAGAGUCUGGGAGAAGAUGCAGGACGCUGUCCAAUACACACCUGUAACUCUGGACCCCAACACUGCUCAUCCUUACCUCAUUGUAUCUGAUGAUCUGACCAGUGUGAGACUCAGUGAUGAGGAACAGAAGCUUCCUGAUAAUCCAGAGAGAUUUGAUGAUUGUUGCUGUAUCCUGGGCUCUGAGGUCUUUAACUCAGGGACACACUGCUGGGACGUUGAAGUAGGAGACUGUACACUGUGGUUAGUGGGUGUGAUGACAGAAUCUGCUCAGAGGAAGAGAAAUAUAUACUCCAGAAGUGGAAUCUGGUGUGUGUGGUAUUCUGAUGGUAAAUAUAGAACAUGUUCUACACCACAGUCACACACUCUCCUCUCAGUAACACAGAAGCUCCAGAGGAUCAGAGUGCAGCUGGACUGGAACAGAGGAAAGCUGUCGUUCUCUGACCCUCUCACUAACACACACAUACACACUUUCACACACACAUUUACUGAUAAAUUACUGCCAUUUAUAGAUGUUAGUUGUAAUAAAUCUCCUGUAAAGAUCCUCCCACUUCAGUGCUCUGUAAGAGUGAAUCAGAUCAGUUAGAGCUGAUAUUGUUUUAUUCCAAUUCAUUAAUGAAAUAUUGCUGAUGAAAAGAUUCAUGUUCUUUGUGAAAGUCUGUUUUUACUGAAGCUCUGAACACUUCAUUGUGGAAUUUAUUUUGAAGUGUUAUAUUAUUAUUUCGACUCACCUUAUCAAUUACAUCAAAAUAAUGUGAAAACUCAAAAUAAUAAGAUAAUAUCUUGAAUAUUAAUAUAUCUUGAAAUUACAAGAUAUUAAAUACAAUAUUUUAAAUGAAAAUAACGACCUACUGUUUUGAAAUAAUGAAUUAUUAAAUAAAAAUAAUGUGAUAAAGUUCAAAUAACUCCAUAGUACAUUUCCCCACAACGUUCAGUUCAGGGCUUCCAGAAACAAAUAAACCACAGAAUGAAUUUAAAAUCAUAAAAAUAUGUUUAAACGUAGAUCUCUAUCUCUAUUCAUUUUAUUCCUGAAUUUAAAUCACUGUAAAUAAACUGAGGCUUUGAAGACUGGUGUUAUUUGUAUGCAUAGCGCUAACAAUUUGUAUUGUUAGCGCUAUGCUGUUAAUCCUGGGUGAAAUGUUUAGCUGGAUGUGUGUGUUAUGUGUGAAACUGUGCAGUGGAGGAGAAUUCAAAUUGAGCUCUAAGUUUCCCUCCACCAGCAGUUUGUGGUUGUGUAAAGAUCAGAUGGAUCUGUACGUUAAUCCUGCAUUAUUAGUUAAAUAGUGGAAUGUGAUUCUGAACAAUUUCACAUUCCCAGUUAUAUAAGGGUGUACAAACUUAUGCAAGCUGGGUAUUGGAUUCUUUUUGUUUUUAUUUUUUCCCUAAAAUAUUUCUGUUUGUUUGUCACUUGACAUUUAUAUGUUGAAAUUUCACAAUAAAGGUGAAAAAGGUUCA